GAGUGCUGGAGUUUCCAGCAACAAAAAAGGAGAAAAGAAAACUUUUCCACUGGAAUAAAAAUCCAAUCUUUGAAUGCCUCAAACCUCGUGCGUUUGAAAGUGGGUAGAAAUCUUUGAAUCAGACCCAUCAUUUUCUCUCUUUUUUCUGCAUUCCCAUUUCAAGAAAAUAUUCAGAAACAAACAUCUCACUGUCAAACUUUGAUACGUGGGAAAGAAUUCAAACCAGCUUCCCCUUCUUGUACGCGUGUCAUUCGUAUUAGAAGGUUUGAUACAUAUAUAUAGACCAUAAUUGCAUCCACAUAUCACAUAAAGAGAAGAUAUUUGCUUAUCUAUAAACACAUAUACCUUCUCACACCAAAAGGGACUUGAGGGCUCUUCCAUUUUUUGGUGGGGGAGAUUUAAUUGGAUUGCCUCUCUCAGUGCUUGUCUCAGGACCAUAGACUUUUCAAUUUGGCUUUAGGUGUUGAUUUUGGGGGUGCAAGAAAGCAAAGAACAAACUGUUUGGGGAAAUCAGAAUCUGUGGCCAUGACCUUAUCACAAGGGCUCAACACCAUGAGCAGGAAGAAUGCAAUAAAAUUGGUGAAUUGUGAGCCUGAGAAACUGGUUCUUGAAACCUCACUUUCAUUCAAGGGCUUAGUUCAAGAUUCAAGGAAAGUAGAAGGUGAUGAGGCAGUUGAGGGUGUUGCUGAUAAGUUGGAGUCUUGUAUUGAUCUCCCUGAGCCUGCUAUAAUGUUCUCUCCGCGCCCGGUCAGCGAGCUGGAUGCGGCCGCGGUGAAGCUCCAGAAGGUGUACAAGAGCUACCGGACCAGGCGAAACCUUGCUGAUUGUGCAGUUGUGGUGGAGGAGCUAUGGUGGAAGGCCUUGGACUUUGCAGCUUUGAAACGGAGCUCUGUGUCGUUCUUUGAUGUGGAGAAGCCGGAGACUGCUGUCUCGCGUUGGGCUAGAGCGCGCACCAGAGCUGCCAAGGUGGGGAAGGGGUUGUCUAAGGAUGAAAAGGCUCAAAAACUUGCACUUCAACAUUGGCUUGAAGCUAUCGAUCCACGCCAUCGCUAUGGGCACAACUUGCAUCUCUACUAUGAUGUGUGGUUCAAGAGCGAGAGCGCUCAGCCGUUCUUCUACUGGCUGGACGUUGGAGACGGGAAGGAAGUGAAUCUCGAGAAAUGCCCGAGGACCAGCCUGCAAAAGCAAUGCAUCACCUAUCUAGGACCAAAGGAGAGGGAGUCGUACGAGGUCGUGGUUGAGGAUGGGAAGCUUAUGUACAAAGCAAGUGGUGUGUUGGUGGAGACCAUCGAGGGGUCAAAGUGGAUAUUCGUUCUCAGCACGACGAGAACUCUGUACAUCGGGCAAAAGAAGAAGGGCCUUUUCCAGCACUCGAGUUUCUUGGCUGGAGGAGCUAUCACAGCUGCUGGGAGAUUGGUGGCUCAUGGUGGUGUUCUUGAGGCAAUUUGGCCUUACAGUGGCCACUAUCUUCCCACAGAAGAAAACUUCAGAGAGUUCAUAAGCUUCCUCGAGGAGCACUCUGUCGAUCUUUCAGACGUCAAGAGAUGCGCGACGGAUGAUGACCGUCCUCCUGUCAUGAGUGGUGCGAACGAGGAGAACGCAUCACAGGGCAGCCUCAGCCAGCAAGAAAACGCCACGACACACGUUGAAGAUGUUCCAUCGAUGGAGCCAGUACGUGAUCAAGAUAAUAAGCUGGAAUACAGCUUUGCCAAGCGUAUGUCGUGCAAGUGGAGCACGGGGGCAGGGCCGAGGAUCGGGUGCGUUAGGGAGUACCCAACGGAGCUACAAACACGAGCACUUGAACAGGUGAACCUUUCACCUCGGGUGGUGAGUGGAGGCAUUGGCAACUAUGGGCCGAUCCCAUCACCCCGGCCUAGUCCAAAGCUUCGACUUUCUCCUAGAGUUUCGUACAUGGGACUGCCCAGUCCGAGGACUCCAAUGGCUGCAGCUCACUGAGGAAGACAGAGGGAUAGGGAUUGGAUUUUGGCUAAGGAGAGACACCUUCUUCAAUAAGGGAACUAACUUUAAUCUUUCUUCUUUUAUUCAAUUAAUAAGUUUGUAAAUGUCUCAUUUCCAUGAAAAGUAAUUUUUUAGGUUUUGGCUCCUUUUGAGAGUUGUAAGCAAGGUUUUACUAGUUUGUAAUGUAUUGCUUCAGCUGUUGCUAGUUAACCAAAUUCAUGUUGGUAAAGAUGUAGUGCACUUCCUCUUCUAUUUAAAUGCAGAAAUAAUGCAUUCAAAGUAA